CUGAAGGGGCGGGAUAGGACGCUAAACACACCAGUCGGAGACACGCUCCAGGUAUCAUACUCUCGGUCCCAGAAGAGCUGCAGCAGCGAGGUGAACGUUAACGCGGCAUUUUUGAUCGGUUUGGUAAUCCAGAAUUUUUCAAAUUAUCAAGCUGUACAAUGCCCCUAAGCAAUACGUACCUCGUGAACGGUGACAAGGACCAAAGGAAUGCCGUGACGAUGCCACCUAUACACGCCGAGAUUUUAAAAACUAACCGGAGUGCUCUUGGAGAUGAUCAAGUGGUCCGGCACGUCGAGGGUUUGCUCCGAUUGAGGGGAUAUCCCUCGACAAUGACGCGGUUUGACGACACGCCGCUUUCAGGACACGUGGAGAAGGUCUUGAUCGAGUAUCCUGAAUCCGAGAAGGAUAACCUGGCACACAUGCCUCUGGUGCCUCACGUCUACCAUGUGAACGCCGAUGAGAUGGGGGUGGAAGAAUUGGAGGAUGGCAUGGCAGCAGCAAACCACUGGGUCUUACCCUCAGCCGAAUUUGAAGGGCUCUGGGAGAGCCUGGUAUUCGACAGCAAGGUCAAGGAUGAGCUGCUGAGCUAUUCAUCUACAGCACUCCUCUAUUCGGACAAGAAUGUUGAUCACAACAUUGUGUCAUGGAACAAGGUGGUCCUUCUUCACGGUCCCCCUGGCACGGGGAAGACGUCACUAUGCAAGGCUCUUGCUCAGAAGCUUACCAUUCGGCACAACUCUCGAUUCAAGUAUGGCCAGUUGAUAGAGAUCAACAGCCAUAGUCUGUUCUCCAAAUGGUUCUCGGAGAGUGGCAAGCUGGUCAUGAAGAUGUUUCAGAAGAUACAGAGUUUGAUUGAUGACGAAGACAGCAUCAUAUUUGUUCUUAUUGAUGAGGUGGAGAGCUUGGCCCACUGCCGCAAGGCAGCCAUCGGUGGCAACGAACCAUCGGAUGCAAUCCGAGUUGUCAAUUCACUGUUGACACAAAUCGACAGCAUCAAAAAGUACCCAAACGUCUUUGUGCUGACAACAUCCAAUAUCACGGGGGUCAUUGAUCUUGCGUUUGUGGACCGCGCAGAUAUUAGACGAUACCUUGGUUACCCCAGCCAGGCGGCGAUCUUGAAGAUCUUCGAAUCUUGCAUUGAGGAGCUACAAAGGGCAGGCAUCAUUCAAGGAAGUGUCAAGUUUUUGAAGGAUGCAGAGCAUGAAAGUGGGCUCGGGACAUUCUUGGAGUCAGUCUGUUCCAAGUCAGUUGGCUUGAGUGGCAGAACGCUUCGUAGACUGCCCUUCAUUGCUCACGCAAUUUUCGCAGAGGCGCAGUCCUUGACACCAAAAGCAUUCCUGGUGGCUCUGUCAAGUGCUGUGGACAGUCAGAUGGAAGAUGACAAAGACAUCAUCACUCUUUAACCUUGAAUGCUCGACUUCAUGCUGCCUUCACUUCCACCAUUUGUGUAGUAAUAAAGAACUUUUCUUUGUGUAA